AUGUGGGUUUCAGGUGUUGAGCAACAAUUACAACAGCAAACGAUAACCAUUAAAAAAUAUGGUGCUACAAGCGGCAGCAGUGGUGCUGGUGGUGUUGGUGGUGGUGACGCAGAAAGCACACUGUCCAAUAUAACUUCCAUACACUCACAAUUACAAUCUCUCAACGAAACAUGUGAUGAUACACAAAAAUAUUAUACUAGCAGUCAGCAAUUUCAUCAAUCAGCGAGUAGUAGUGAGAAAAUAAUUAGACCACAAGUUUUACGAGCCAUGAAUAAACAUUCGGUACUAUUGCAAGAGUUACAUCAACGUCAAACACAAGUAGCCACAAGUAGAAGUACACUACUAACAACGGCUACCAAUACCGGCCAGCAACAUUUGCCGGUAACCGGUUGCACAGCAACAUUUACUAUCACUACAAAUACAGUGACUGCAAAUACUAGUACUAAUGCUGCAGCAGCUACAACGGCUAAUAUCACCGCCGCCGCAGUUGCUGGCGUUGUAUCACCCAAUAAAGUGGCCACACAAAUGACAAGUGGUGGUGGUGGUGGUGGUGGCGCUAGUGGCAAGACUGCGACCAUACUUGUUUCAAAAUCAAAAACUAAAACUGGUUUACCGCUACUAUUAAAAAACUCCAUAAAUAAUUAACAUCAAUAACAAUGAGAAAGGAUAGAAUUUACAACAUUAUAUUUAAAAUUAAUACUAACGAAUGUUGAAUAUGGAAAUUUUUAUUGUGAACUUUUUGUGGCGAAACUGAAAUGAUGCUGAAAAAACAAACGUACGUAAAUCAACGACCAACACAACCUGUGCCCAAUAUUUAAGAAUUUAUAAUCAUACAACACAUACAUACAUCAUCAUAUACAAACAUACAUACUUACAUAAAUAUAUAUAUAUAUAUUUCAUGUCUAUAUGUCUAAUUUAUAUACAUAUAUAUUUUUAAUUUAAUUUCCGUUGUGCAAUAUUUAAUAAUUUGUCUCGAAGAAAACGAAAAAAAUGUGGAAGAAAAAACAACAACAACCAAAUGGUAGCUGAAUAUGCAUAUAUUAUAAACGAACGCGCAAAUUAUAUACAUAUAUUCGUGAAACGAUUUAAUUACAUAUGAUAAAAUUUAACAUAGUGCGAGUGCAUCUAUUCAUGAUUUGGACAAAGAUUUUCCUUAACUGAUGAAAUUUUGAUAUUUUAGUACAUAUUCUUAUUAGCUUAUUGAAUAUUACUGCAACUGUUAUCAUUUAUUUAUUAUAUUACGUAAUACUUUUAAGUAAAAUUAUAUAUUGAUUUGUAAAUGUAAUGCUGGACAAAAUCUGUGCCAUUAAGCAGAGCAAUCUCAUUUAAAAUUACAAACGGUAGAAAAAAUUAGUAUUUACACAUACACAUACACAUUUUUUACAAAAAUGAAUUUUGAUAUUUCCAUUUUUACCAGUUAAUCGCAAAGCUAGCAUUUGUAGAAACAUUAAAGUAUUGUUUAUAUAUCGAAUAUUAUCUAUAACAUUAAAUAUUUUUCUUUUUAAUGUUUAUAUUGUAUUAGUUCCAUAAUCUACAUUACGCAUGUAAACAAACGCAUAUGCAACAAGAUAACUAGAAAAAAGAAAACAAAAACAAAAACAAAACACAUUGUAGAAAACACAGUGUAUUGGAAAGGUUAGUAAAAGAAAAAUCGUAUUAAAACAAAAUAUACUAUAAAUACUAAAUUUAUAAAAUAUAUUUGUAUUGUAAAUGCGUGUGACUAUUAUAACUGUAUUUGUUAAGUUUUAAUUUAUUCGUAAUUUACUUGUAUACCUAUGAUAAUUAAAUGACAUCGCCAAACGCUGUAUAUGCUGAAAUUUCUAAAUUGAGUUGAUAUUAAUGCUGAUGUUUGUUCAAUAUCAACAAUGGCGUUGUGGUUAACUUUGACUAAAUACGAAAAACCGACUUCAUGUAAUUGCUGUAA